AUGCAAUCAAGGAAUCACANGAAUGGUCUGGUUGAAAUACCACUACUUGUCUUUGAUGACUUUAUCAGCACUCUUUUGAUCAACUCCGUUGCCUUUGAGCAGUUUAAUAUGAAUUUCUCCACUGAGAUUACAAGCUAUGUAACAUUCAUGGGUUGCUUGAUAAAUACAGAAGAUGAUGCGACCUUCUUAGUCGAGAAAGGGAUUAUAGAGAACUAUUUCGGAACGGGUGAAGAUGUUUCUUUAUUCUUCAAGAACAUCGGAAAAGACAUCUCAUUCAGCAUAUAUGAUAGUUUCUUGAGAGAUGUGUUCGAGGGGGUGAACGAGUACACUUCAAAAGGUUGCCACGUGCAAUGGGCAGGGUUCAAGUACACGCAUUUCAACACUCCAUGGACAUUUCUUUCAUCUUGUGCGGCUUUGAUGCUUCUUCUCCUUACCAUUUUCCAAGCUUUCUUUGCAGCUUAUCCUUACUUUCGUCCUCCCAAAAACAAUUGAGUGUAAGUGCGUACUUUAUAUGUUUAAGCUAGCAGUACUUAUGGUGUAU